UUCGGUAACACGUGCGCGGCGGGGCUGACCAAAACAAACCCACAUGGCGUCAAGGAGGGAAGGAAAACAUAAGCUUAUAGAUACAUUUUAGCCUUUACAAGCUUUCCUACCGUACAUAAUAAGAAGGAAAGGAAGAGGAAGUGUGCAUCUAUGGAAGAGAAGACAACAAUGGCAGGAACAGACGCGAUGGAGGAGGAAAAGAGGAAGGGAGAGGAGGGUGAGGAAGAUGACAAGGCCCUCCCAGCAAACGUGUCAUUGGUGGAGGUGGAGGUGCGCCACGCCAAGGCUCUGCUGGAGUGUGCUGGCAACAUGACCCUUGACGUGGCCCGCUGCAUACUGGGUGCACACUUCCGCACACUCAGGGCCACUCGGACUGCUGGACUCCGGCGCCUUACUGGGGGUUUCAUACAGUGCCCAAGCUGCAGCACUCCUUGGAUAGCUGAUCUAUGCCGCCCUCGCAUCCUCGGCUGCCCCAGAAAUAAGAGAAACGACAGGAAACUUAGGCGCGUACUUCGGCUCGCAAGGACAAAUUCGGGGAAGCUGACGAAAAGCGAUAAAUCUCUUUUGUCGCGUUUUCAGGACCGUUUAAAUGUGGUACAGGUGCUUUGUCAUGUGUGUAGGCAUAAGAAGGAGGAGUUUUUUGCCCUGCCUAAGAAAGAGAAGGUGCAGGAGGUGGAGGUGGAGAAAAGCAAAAAGAAGAAGAAAAAGAAGAAGGGUAAAGAAAUUAAUGCUGGUUUGUUCAUUCCGCCCCGUUCUGUCGGUGAAAGGAGCAAUGGUGGCAGGGAAAACGAAUCUAUCUUCAGUGCGUCGAAAACUGAUGAUUUUACCCCAGAUGCCCCAGAAAGUACCCUAGAAAGGACCAAAAAUACCCUAGAUCACUGCAGAAAACCCCUAUGUGGCCCAAAAAAUUCCCUAGGCAGUCAGAAAGUUACCCUAGCAGCCUUUAAACCCAGAAAAAAAAGUGCCAGGGUAAUUUUAAACAGUGUUCCCUGCCAGCCCACCCCUGCCCCUGCCAAGAGAUCAAGAGAGAGGAAGAGGACAGUGGCUAACUUAAAGCGAGUGAUGGGGAAAGAGAGUGACAAGAGUGAAUUAUUCAAGGGAGGUGGAAAAAAUCAAAAUUCACUUAGAAAUUUCUUAGAUUCUUUAUUUUGAGGUGUGUGUGUGUGUGUGUGGGUGUGUGUGUGGGUGUGGUUCAUAAAGUGCUUUGAUAUGUUUGUAUGUGUGUUUGUAUGUGUUUGUAUUGUACUAUUGAGAAAAUAUACACGUUUUUGAUGCAUUU